UCCCGACAUUCCAGUCUUGUACUAAAACAUCACCUCUAAAUAAUUCGAUUACAGCUUAUUAUUACCGGUGGUUCGACGUCACCCAAGAAUACCUAGGUAUAUUGUUGUAAACAGUGCCAAUCCACAAAGGAAAGCGAUUGAGUAUAGCCAAACACAAUCAGUUACUACCUCCCGCCAUGGCUUCGCCAAUGGCACCUCCGCCGCCUUCCGAACUCGCGAAGCAGAUCCUCGAGCACAAGGCGCCCAGCUACACCUUCAGUUUCUCGCCAUUCCUACGUUCUAACUACGGCCACGGAUUCCCGCCAAAUAGACCUGUAUGCAAAGCGUUUAUAGCAGGACACUGUCCAUUAGGCACGUCAUGUCCCGACCGUCACGUCGCGCCCAACGCGGCCAGCAGCACCAACGCCAGCUACAACUCCCUGGUAUGUAAGCAUUGGCUGCGAGCUCUGUGCAAGAAGGGCGAGAGUUGCGAGUUCCUUCACGAGUACAACCUACGUAAGAUGCCCGAGUGUAACUUCUUUGUGCGCAACGGGUACUGUUCCAACGGCGACGAGUGCCUUUACCUACACAUCGACCCCCAAUCUAAACUACCCCCCUGCCCACACUACGACCGCGGCUUCUGUCCGCUGGGCCCUAACUGUUCCAAAAAGCACGUCCGCCGCAAAUUAUGUCCCUACUACCUAGCCGGCUUCUGCCCCGACGGAAAGACCUGUAAGGAGGGUGCUCACCCGAGGUGGGAUAAGAAUCUCGAGAAACCCAUCGCCAAGGCCGACGUCAUACCCGAAGAGCCUAUCAGAAGAGAUGACGGUUUUAUGGAUGAGGACCAAAGAGACUUCGGAAGACAGGAUAGGGAUAACAGGGGGGGUCGGGGCGACAGAUUCGGUGGCGGGCGUGGCGGUCGGUGGAGAGGGAGAGGCGAUAGGAAAUUCGGGCGUGGAAGAGGCCAUCACUAGAGAUGAUGCGUCUUGGCAUACAUAUAUACGGGCAGGCAGACGGAACGGUUGCUAUGCCGUAACACGUCUCGAUAUACCGCCUAGGCUCGAACGAACAGGUGGGGUUUGCUGCUACCAAUUUCCGCCCGUAUGCAAACAUUUUGCUCGCCUCGGUUGACUCGUUUCUAAGACAAGGCUCAUAACCCUUGAGGCAUUCGAUAUAAUCGAGCUAGUUGCCGUAGGCGGAUGCUUGCAAACCCAAUACAUUCGAGCAUGAAAUAAUCCUAAAUUGAAAUUUUAGGAUUAUCGUCAACGACGAGGGUAGCAGUGGCCAGCCACUGUAAAAAAGACCCAAGGAAAAGGCGAUAGGGGAGGACCUAGGAUACCCCCAAGAUAUACUACUAAUAUAGCAAUCAAGCAGUCGUUACCAAUGACAUCAAUCAAUCAAGACUGCCAGUUUGUUAUAAAC